AUGAAAAGAGUUAUAAAAAUUCGUGAUGAAGGAUUUGAAUAUAAAGAAGUUAUCAUGAAUAAAGAAUUAUUACCAGCAUGUUGGAUGUCUGCUCCUUCAAGAAUGGAAAAAGUUGAAAAUGAUCGAAAAAAAUUAAUUCAACAAGAAAAAGAAAAACGAUUUUGGCGUCCUAUAUGUAUUUAUGCAUUUGGACCUGGAGGUAGUGGAAAGUCUGGUCUUUUUACAGAAUUAUUUAGAGAUGAAAUGUAUGAUGAGAAACCAAAAAAACAAAGAAAUAACUGGUGGAAUGGAUAUGAUGAACAAGAAAUAGUUCUUUUAGAUGAAUUUUAUACUAAAAUAGAUUGGAAUGAUCUUGUAAAUAUAUUAAAUGAUACACCAUUUUGA